AUGGAUGAUAGGAAUAGUGAAAGAGUCCCUCUUCUUCAAAUAGGAAGACAAAUUGAACAAAAAAGCUGUCGUGAUGCAUUUUGUUCGUGCUUAUGUAUCUUCAUAUUUAUUGGAACAAUUGUGGUUCUUUCUUUCUCUGGAGGUACACCUGAGUUUGAUUUACCGGUAGAUAUUUCGCAAAUCCCAAACGCAUAUCAACUUCGACCCAACCGAUUUUUUUAUGUUAUUGAAUCCCUUCCUGUUGAAUUUGAAAGCAUAACCAAUUAUACUUCUACUAAUGUUACGAUAACAAGUUCAAUGGAUAGUUUUGAAAAGGAACCUUUUGAUAUGCCAAGUGGUGUAUUUAAAAUAGCAGAAAUUAUUCCAAUACCUAAAUUUUGGACAUAUGGAUUUUAUGAAAUUCGUGAAUUUCGAUACUUGCUCGAUGGAAAUGCUACUAGGGUAUCAACAGUCAUUUCAAAAUUUGAAGGAUUGUGGUCAAGUUCAAUCAAUAUUCAGUUUACUGCAGCACAUAAUAAAAGUUUAGAUCC